AUGACAGACCCGGAUCAUAGCCAAGACGAGGCUUCGUCUUUGCACGAGAGCAUGAUCACUGCGGUUUCAGAAAGCCAUCGUCAACAAUCUAUUGACGAAAGGGAGCCACUGCAGAACCGCGACCAAAAUAAAUUGAGGGACACAGACACUGCUUCACCAGGCAACAGCUCCUGCCUAAACGGAAAACCAGAAGUUCGACGAGCAAUCAGCCAGAAGUCCACAUCAAUCAACCUGCGCACAUUCCUAACCAAUUCUUGGCUCCAUGAGGUAUUUUCACUUGGCGCCAGCUGGGCAUGCCAGAUAUGGCUUGUUGUGAUCCUUGUACAGAUGAACAACCGCCCUCUCAACACCUGGACACUGAAAAUCUCUCUUAACGCCAUGGUCGCAGCACUUUCCACAAUCUCUAAAGCGCUCCUCUUAGAGCCAGUAGGGGCUAGCAUUGGGCAGCUGAAGUGGCUACAUCUGCGACGACCUCGCAGCAUGUAUGAUUUCGAGCUCUUCGACCAGGCGAGUCGAGGAUCUCUCGGGUCUAUAUCUCUACUGGUCCACCGCCCGCUCCACGUGGUCUCCCUUGGAUGUUUUGUCACUAUCUUGUCGGCAGCCCUCGGUCCAUUCACCCAGCAAGUAAUCAGCUACGCCAACCGACAAGUCGACCUCAGAAAUUCGUCUGCUACGUUCGGCGUAGCAUACAAUUACAACGUAACUACCAUCACAGGAUCAAAGGAAUCUAAUUUCUUUCCUAAUACAUUCGACUCAUCUAUGCGUGCCAACAUUCUCGGCGCGUUGUAUAACUCCAAGACACCUCCGGUCUUCAACUGCACAUCCGCUUGCGCCUGGAACGGCACAUACGUAACGCUGGGUUUUGGCUACGAAUGCAAAGACGUGACAGAGGCUGCAGCCGCAAACCGAAGCUGCAUUAAUUCAGACCCUCGAAGCAAACCCGAGCCUGUAGAUCCUUAUAACGGCACGAUCUCACAAGCUUGCAACAUGACGACUCCAGGCGGCGUUCUGCUAAAGCCAGAUCAUUUUCCUGUAUUCGACGGGACGUGGCACACGACGACGAAAUAUGUGUCGAUCGCCAGCUCCUCGAAAUUCGGUGUCUGGAACUUGCGGAUGCCCAAACCCGGCAAGUCUUAUGCCAGCCUUGUCACACUAGCGCAGUAUGAGCGCGACCCAGACUUCCUGCACGGUGGUCGCCUGAAGGAGAAUGUCACAGAAUGCGAGGUAUCGGCCGUGGCGUGGCGAUACUCCGGCGUGACAGUCGAGGGCAACGAGCUUGUGAUUUCCACCCGGGAAAAGAUCCCACUGGACGAGGUCGGCAGGUUGCCGACAGACAGUUCAAAUUUGAACGAGACAGGCAGUGUCGCUUUGGGUGAGCAAGGCAAAAUCAAUUUCAACAAGAUGGGCCUUCAGCCGAUGUCGAUCAGUAUUUGGGACUGGGAGGCCUUGGACUUUUUCCUGGUGAACUUGCUGUCAGAUAUUCCGAAUGUGGAGGGCAGCCAGCCCUACUACACACCCGACGACAAACCGCCCAUAUUCUCAAAGUCAGCGUCCGGUGGGGACAUCACAGUCUGGGUCGCAAGGAUGACGGAAGCGAUGACCAAUGCGCUGCAGGCAGGGCCGAAUAGCGAGCUCAUGGAAGGCAUGAGCCGGGAAGUGAUUAUCUACGUGCGGGUCGACUGGUUGUGGUACGCGUUGCCGCUGGUCGUCGAGGUCGGAGCCUUCAUUUUGCUUGUGUUCGCGAUUUGGCGGUCGAGAUCCAGAAAUGGCGUACCGCUUUGGAAGACUUCAGCAUUGGCAUCAUGGGCGUACAGGCCGGAGAAAGAGGAAGACAACGUGAUCAGGCUCAUGUUAGAAGACGGUUUGCCUGAUUUGCAUACAGUGGAAAAGGAAGCCAAGCGCUGGAAGAUACAGGUACAUUAG